AUGGGCAAGAGAAAAUCAAAAAGAAAACCUGCUCCAAAGAUGAAGCUCGUUUUAGAUACGCAGUUUGAUUCGUUAAGCGACCCAAUAGAUGUGUACUCGGAAUGGAUCGACGCGGCUGAAUCAAAACCCGUACCUUCUGUUCCUCCCUCAAGCCGUCGAGGCCUCAGACCCUCCGCGCCGGGUGAAAAUGUACGGGUUCAGUUUGACGAAGAAGAUGACCUCGUUGAAGAGGAAUAUGACAGAGAUCUUGGACCAGUGCCCGGCGGGAGGAUUCUUUGUUUGGAGAGUGAAAGGAGAGACGGUGCGUAA